CCCGUGCGCCGCCUCAGCAUCUUUAGGCCCGGAGCAGCCCCCAUAGUCUCUGGAGUGGCCGCGCCUGCCUUGGGGACUCUCCAAGUUGUUGGGGCGGCGAGGACCCGGGGGCUGCUCCGCAGUGGGCCGGGGAGGGGCUGAGCGCAGAGUCGGGGCGCGCGCCGCCCACCGCGCCCCCUGCCCUCGGCGACACCAUGCGCGCCCCGCCGGCGUGACCGGCUCCGCCCGCAGCCACCCCGAAGCCCAGCCCGCGCUCUCGCCGGCCACACCGAGCGGCGCCCGGGAGCUAUGAGCCAUGAAGCCUCCCGGCAGCAGCUCCCAGCGGCCGCUCCUGGCGGGCUGCAGCCCCACCGGCCCCUGCGGCGACCCCGCCGGCCCGGAGCCCGCCCGCGCCCCUGCCCGCGCGCCGCCCUGCCGCCUGCUCCUCGUCCUUCUCCUGCUGCCUCCGCUCGCCGCCUCGCCCCGGCCCCGCGCUUGGGGGGCUGCUGCGCCCAGCGCUCCGCAUUGGAAUGAAACUGCAGAAAAAAAAUGGGGAGUCCUGGCAGAUAAAAACAGUACAUUGCAACAGAAUAGCAGCAGGAAUACCAGUUACAGCAGUGCAAUGCAGAAAGAAAUUACAACGCCUUCAAGACUCAUAUAUUACAUCAACCAGGACUCGGAAAGCCCUUAUCAUGUUCUUGACACAAAGGCAAGACACCAGCAAAAGCAUAAUAAGGCCAUCCAUCUGGCCCAGGCAAGCUUCCAGAUUGAAGCCUUUGGCUCCAAAUUCAUUCUUGACCUCAUACUGAACAAUGGUUUGCUGUCUUCUGAUUAUGUGGAGAUUCACUACGAAAAUGGGAAACCACAGUACUCUAAGGGUGGAGAGCACUGUUACUAUCAUGGAAGCAUCAGGGGUGUCAGAGAUUCCAAGGCGGCUCUGUCGACGUGCAAUGGACUUCAUGGAAUGUUUGAAGACAGCACCUCUGUGUACAUGAUAGAGCCCCUGGACCUGGUUCAUGAUGAAGUGAGUCUACCACAUCUGUUUCCUUCUUGUGUUCGACUCUUCAAGUUUCCGGGUAUAGAAAGCAGAGACCAGUGGCCUUUUCUCUCUGAAUUACAGUGGCUGAGGAGAAGGAAGAGAGCAGCAAGUCCAUCUCGUGGUGUAUUUGAAGAAAUGAAGUAUUUGGAGCUUAUGAUUGUUAAUGAUCACAAAACGUAUAAGAAGCAUCGCUCUUCUCAUGCACAUACCAACAACUUUGCAAAAUCUGUGGUCAACCUUGUGGAUUCUAUUUACAAGGAGCAGCUCAAUACCAGGGUUGUCCUGGUGGCUGUAGAGACCUGGACUGAGAAGGAUCAUAUUGAUAUCACCACCAACCCUGUGCAAAUGCUCCAUGAGUUCUCCAAAUACCGGCAGCGCAUCAAGCAGCACGCUGAUGCUGUGCAUCUCAUCUCGCGUGUGACAUUCCACUAUAAGAGAAGCAGCCUAAGUUACUUUGGAGGUGUCUGUUCUCACACAAGAGGGGUUGGUGUGAAUGAGUAUGGUCUUCCAAUGGCAGUGGCACAAGUUUUAUCACAAAGCCUGGCUCAAAACCUUGGGAUCCAAUGGGAACCUUCGAGCAGGAAGCCAAGUAUGUACAUUGACCUUACUUUGUGUGCUAUUCUUGUUUCCCAUUCCCGAAAAUUCUCGAAAUGUAGCAUUUUGGAGUACAGAGACUUUUUACAGAGAGGGGGUGGAGCCUGUCUUUUCAACAGACCAACAAAGCUGUUUGAGCCAACAGAAUGUGGAAAUGGAUAUGUAGAAUCUGGGGAGGAAUGUGAUUGUGGCUUCCAUGUGGAAUGCUACGGAUUGUGCUGUAAGAAAUGCUCUCUCUCCAAUGGGGCCCACUGCAGUGACGGGCCUUGCUGUAACAAUACCUCAUGCCUUUUUCAGCCUCGAGGAUAUGAAUGUCGGGACGCUGUGAACGGGUGUGAUAUUACUGAAUAUUGUACUGGAGACUCUGGCCAGUGCCCACCAAAUCUUCAUAAACAAGAUGGAUAUGCCUGCAAUCAAAAUCAGGGCCGCUGCUACAAUGGCGAGUGCAAGACCAGGGACAACCAGUGUCAGUACAUCUGGGGCACAAAAGCUGCAGGGUCGGACAAGUUCUGCUAUGAAAAGCUGAACACAGAAGGCACCGAGAAGGGCAACUGUGGGAAGGAUGGAGACCGCUGGGUCCAGUGCAGCAAACAUGAUGUGUUCUGCGGAUUUUUACUUUGUACCAAUCUCACUCGAGUGCCCCGUAUUGGUCAGCUUCAUGGAGAGAUCAUCCCAACUUCCUUCUACCAUCAAGGUCGAGUUAUUGACUGCAGUGGUGCUCAUGUAGUUUUAGAUGAUGAUACAGAUGUGGGCUAUGUAGAAGAUGGCACACCGUGUGGCCCAUCCAUGAUGUGUUUAGAUCGAAAGUGCCUACAGAUUCAAGCCCUAAAUAUGAGCAGCUGCCCACUUGAUUCCAAGGGUAAAGUCUGCUCAGGCCAUGGGGUGUGUAGUAAUGAAGCCACCUGCAUCUGUGACUUCACCUGGGCAGGGACAGACUGCAGCAUCCGGGAUCCAGUUAGGAAUCUUCACCCACCUAAGGACGAAGGACCUAAGGGUCCUAGUGCCACCAAUCUCAUAAUAGGCUCCAUCGCUGGUGCCAUCCUGGUAGCAGCUAUUGUCCUUGGGGGCACAGGCUGGGGAUUUAAAAAUGUCAAGAAGAGGAGAUUUGAUCCUACUCAGCAAGGCCCCAUCUGAAUCAACUGCACUGGACGCUCACCACCUUGCACUGUUGGGUUCUGGGUAUGAUCUACUUCCAGCAAUGUUUCCAGAACUAUUAAGUCUUGAAACCAGAACUUUGAGUGGUCAUGACUACAGAGCCAAAGUUGGGGUGACAAGGAUGGGGGUAAAAGAAAACUGUCCCUUUUGGAAAUAAUUUCAAAGAACCCCUCCUACGAUCUGUCAGUACGGGGGGCGGGGGGAGUUUAAAAGAUCGUGUUAUGAAAAGAACUGUUCAGAAUCUUUUUUUUUUUCCUCCUAACUAAGGGAGAAAGGAACAAAAAAAAUUAAGUGCAAUAAAAGACCCAUUAAAAUAGCAAAUGAUUUUUCCCCUCAGCCUGCUGGCACUUGUGUCUUCAAAAUGAUCUGGCAUGAUUUUUUUUCUUUUAUUAACAAUGACAAACUCCAGUGGCAUGAAGAUCCAAUUUUCAAAAGGGUAAAAACUGCAUGGCAUAUAUACACCAACAAGCUAGCAAGCCAAUCCUUCGCAAAACCUACAGUGGGAUUCAGUAGGAGAAGAUGACAGAUGAACAUACAGAAACUGCCUGGGCCUGGUGAACCUCUCCUGCACCCCUGCCCCCAGCCCCUUCCCCAUACCCUGUGACCCCCACUCCCCAUUUUGGCCCAGCCCAUGGCAGAACUCAGUGGGACUGUGCUCUUGUUGAUUCAUUUCCCCCAUUAUUAUUAUUUUUUUCCCUGGACCAACCAUCUUUGAAAUGGGAGCUGGAAUUUGAACAAUGAUGCUAUUGUACAGUUCUUUUAUAAAUGUAAAUAUGGAAAUAAGAGAUUUCGACACAUCA